AUGCUUGUAACUCUGGCGAGCAGGACUCUGUCCCUGUAUGUGCUCAUCAGUGUCGUUCUCGCAGUGUCCGUCCCCCCUGCCCUCGAGUCCCGGGCUUCGGGUGCAUGCACUCUCGAAGCCAGCGGUUCGGACGAUGCUCCCGCUAUCCUUGCCGCUGCUGCGGACACAAGCUGUCCUACCGUCACCAUCCCGUCCGGUACAACUCUCUCUAUCCAGUCGAAGCUCAAUAUGACAGGUCUCUCCAACAAACAUAUCGACUUGCAAGGCACGAUCAAGUUCAGCGACGACCUAGACUACUGGAAGGACAACGCGUUUACGUUCUCCUUCCAGGACCAAGCAGCGUUCUGGCUCCUGGGCGGUACGAACAUCGUCCUUGACGGCGGAGGAACGCUUGAUGGCUCCGGCCAGGCUUGGUACGACGCCUUUGCCAAAGAUGACUCGACGGUCAGGCCAAUCCUCCUCACCCUCUACCAAGCUACAGACAUCACGGUGCAAAACAUCAAGAUGAUCAACGGGCCUGAGUGGAUCAACUUCGUUAACGAAGGAAAGAACGUCGUCUUCCGCAAUAUCACCAUUACCGCUGUCUCGACUUCGUCUAAUGAUGCGAAGAACACCGAUGGUUGGGACAUCUUCCGGAGCGACAACGUUACAAUCGCGGACUCGAACAUCACGAACGGCGACGACUGCGUUAGCUUCAAGCCUAACUCCACGAACAUCUUGGUGUCGAAUUUGUCUUGCAAUGGCUCCCACGGUAUCUCGGUUGGGUCCCUUGGCCAGUACGCCGGCGAGUACGACAUUGUUGAGAACGUCCUCGCGACAAACAUCCGCAUGUCAAACGCACAGAACGGGGCACGCAUCAAGGCUUGGGCGGGUAAAGAUGUCGGUUCAGGCAUCGUUAAGAACAUCACAUUCGAAGGCUUCGUCGAGAGUAACGUCGACAACCCGGUUAUCAUCGAUCAAUGCUACGAGACGAGCUCGAGCGACUGCACCAAAUAUCCGUCUAAUACGUACAUUGAGGAUAUUUGGUUCACCAACAUCUCGGGGACGUCCUCAGGCAAGGAGAAGGCUGUGGUCGCGAGCCUGUCCUGCUCACCGGAUGGACGAUGCAGUGACAUCAACGUGAAUGGCAUAACUGUGACGCCGCCCUCAAAAUACGGCGACCCUUCCUUCCAAUGCCAGAACGUCGACGUAUCCGGUGACGACGCCUCCCUUUUCGGGACGUGCAAGACGACAAGUUGA